AUGAGCAACAGCCUCCAAGUCCUCCCCGCGUCCGCGGGCUACGGCAUAGUAAUCGGAAUCGGCACAAUCUUCGCCCUAUUCAUGCUCAGCCUAACCGCGCUCCAAAACCGCUAUACAAGCUUUUCGACGCACUUCGCCGAAGAAUUCAACACCGCCUCCCGAACCGUAAAGCCCGGCCUAAUCAGCGCUGGCAUCGUCUCCUCUUGGACAUGGUCCGCCACGCUCCUCACCAGCUCGACCUUCGCCUACAGCUACGGCGUUAGCGGACCAAUGUGGUACGCCGCGACGGGAACGCUCCAGAUCCUGCUCUUUGGGCUCAUCGCAAUAAAAAUUAAAGCGAGUGCCGCUGGCGCCCAUACGAUGCCGGAGAUUGUGCGCUCACGACAUGGCAAGCUGGCUCAUCUCACGUAUCUGUAUUAUGGACUUGCGACGAAUAUGCUUGUUGGCGCUUGUUUGGUUCUUGGUGGUGCGCAGGUUGUCGGGGCGAUUACCGGGAUGAAUGUUUAUGCUGCGUCGUUUUUGAUCCCGCUUGUUGUGGCGGUUUAUGUUAUUGCGGGUGGACUGCGGGCGACAUUUAUUGCGGACUAUGUGCAUACUGUUAUUUUGUUUAUUGCGAUUCUUGUCUUUGGGUUCUUGGUUGUGGCGAGGAGUGAGGUGAUUGGUAGUCCUGCGAAGCUGUAUGAGCUGUUGCUUGUUGCUUCGGAGAAGAUGCCGAUUGAUAGGAAUGCGGGAGGGAGCUAUCUUACCUUUCGGUCCGUUGGUGGGCUGAUUUUUGCCUGUGAUUUGUUUGUUGCUGGGUUUACGACUGUGUGGUUGGAUCAGGCUUACUGGCAGCGGGCUAUUGCUUCUAAGCCUGAAACUUCGGUGAUAGCUUAUAUUUUUGGAGGAAUUGCUUGGUAUGGUAUGUUGAUACCCUUGCUAUUGAACUUGGGUAUACAGGCUAACGAGUCAGGAAUUCCCUUCGGUUUCGCAACUAUCAUGGGUCUAGGAUGUGCAGCGUUAACCGGGGACCCGAGUUUCCCGACAUAUCCAAACGCACUCACAACGGCACAAGUUGAAUCCGGCCUUUCAGCACCAGCUACCGCGAUUGCCCUCAUGGGUAAAGGUGGCGCAGUCCUAAUCCUGAUCUUGCUCUUUAUGGCUGUAACAAGUUCCACAUCCGCAGAGCUCAUUGCCGUCUCCUCAUUACUCACUUUCGACGUCUACAAAACCUACUACCGCCCUAACACGGAUUCACAAACCCUCGUAAGGGUCAGCCACUGGGGUAUCGCGCUCUACGCAAUCGUACUCGCAGUGUUCUGCUGCAUUCUCAAUGCAGCAGGCAUAAGCCUAACAUGGGUUCUGACUGUGCUGGGUGUGAUAGUUGGUGGAGCGGCCCUUCCCGUCGGCAUGAUACUUCUAUGGGAGCCCAUGUCAACCGUCGCAGCAAUUGGCGCACCAUGGAUCGGAUUCUGUUGCGGAAUCACAGUGUGGUUCGUUACGGCUUACAAGCGAUCGGGAACUAUCAACGUCGCUAGCACCGGCGACACGACAAAUGCAUUGGCCGGGAACUUGGCUUCAUUUGGAGUUGGAUUCAUCAUGGCUGUUGUGUUGAGUUAUGUGUUUCCGAAGAAAUGCGCUGACCCAAAUGCAAGUGCCAUUGCCGGAGUGGCGGUUGUGCAGGAUGAACGGGACCAGAUUCCGCGCGAUAAGGGCGAUGAGACAAAAGUGUCUGAAAAGACGGAUUCGCCGCUGGCUGAGAGUUCAGGCUUCAGGAAUGAAUUGGUUGAUUUUCUUGAGUCGCAUGAUGUCGAGCCGAUGGACCCGGUCCUUGUCAAGAAGGGUGAGCGAAUCGCUUGGGUUGCUAACGGGGUAUUUUUCUUUGGCGCUGUAGUCUUAGUACCGUUUACCUUGUUUGGGAGUGGGUAUAUUUAUAGUCGGUCAUUUUUCACCGGGUGGGUUGUGGUGUCUUUCAUUUGGAUCUGGGUCAGUGUCUUGAUUUGUGUGGUGUGGCCAGUGGUUGAGAGCCUGGGAGCGUUGCGGGGGAUAUCUGCAGGGCUAUGGAUGGAUUUGCGAUCAUUGUUUGGAUAUGCGAAGGAAAGAAGAAGAAGUGAGACAGUCUGA